AUGGGGAGAAUCUACCGCCGAGAAUCUCACGACUCUUCCAUAGAUUUCUCUCCCCAUCUGCCUAACGAUGGUGCGACGAUCUUGGAGCAAGUGGAUGUUGACAACCAGAUUGCGAAGCUUAUGGUUGAUUUAUCACGGAGUCAGGAUUAUGAGAUUGGUGAUGGCACAACGGGCGUUGUUGUCGUGGCUGGUGCGCUUCUUGGUUUAGGAUGCUGGAAAAUAAGAGCAUGA